AAACUUGAAGAUGCAUUAUAUCAUGAUUUAGUUCUCUAAAAUUGACACUAUAAUACAUGCGUCAACAGGUGAUGCGUUUUGUUGUGCACACAUUGACGUGUAUUUAUCCGAAUCAGUUCUGACCAAUCAGAUAACGGAGGAGAGGCUGUGCUUACACCGGCUGGUAGCCAGACGCACCGCGUCCACAGAUCCGGCCGCUCAGCCCCGUGACGGUGACAGCACUGCUCCAUCUCGGACCUGGCCUGUCAAACUUCACAAUUUGGGCGCAAGUGAAGAUGUCAGACUACGAGCUGGUAAAGAAAAUGCUGAGGGUCAUCCUCCAAGCUAACAAGGGUGGAAUGUCGCUGUCCCGUCUUCAGUCAGAAUACAAGGAGCUGACCGGUGAACACAUUCCACAUAAACAGAUGGGACACAACCAUCUGGAGUCUCUGCUAGCGAGCAUGCCUUCUGUGGUUCGCAUGGAACCCGGCCGCUCUGGAGAGGUGCUGUAUUUUGCCUCAGUGGACAAAGAGAUGGCCCACAUUGCCAAGGUGAUGGCUCGCCAGCGGGGCUCCAAGAAGACUGGGCAACGCCACCUGGUCAACACGCAGAUGAGGGUCAAGCCAGCCGCCCUGCUCGUCCUAAAUGCAAAACCUCAAAACUCUCUGAGGCAGCCAAGCCACCGUGGACGAGGUGGAGGCAGAGGAGGAGGAGGUGGCAGUCGAGGUGCAGGGUAUGGAGACUUCAGACAAUCAAGGGAUGUGAGAGAUGGCCAGGCAGAGGGCAGAACAGGGGCGCAAUCACUAAAGAUCUCCAAUCAGAACACACCCUACAGGUCGGAGAAGAGGAUGGCACUCCCAUCGCGGUUUCAGAAGGAGGUACAGGCUCACCUUUCCAGAAAUUCCCGACAAAUCAGCCCACCCUCUCAUUUAAAUGAGAAUUCAGGCUCAUGCAAAGGAAAAGUUUACAACCCUCAAGAGGUUCAGAACUGUAUCAAGGAGAUCCUGGCCAAGUACAGCAAUGGAUUCUGGGUCUCAAAGCUGCCUCAGAUCUACAAAGAGCUCUAUAAACAAGACCUGCCCCCUGAGGCCAUCAAAGACCUAGAGACCUGGACGCACAUAUGCACUGUAGAGAGAACUUGCAGCAGUAACCCAUCAGAGCUGCUUCUCUACCCUGCCAAGGAGCAGACCACCAUAUCCUCCUCUUCACUAAUCCUCACCUCAAACCCCACUACAGGCCGUGUAUCUUCCAGCACACCCCCGGCAGACAAGCCCCCGCAGUCCAGUGUCCAACAGAGACCCCAACUGAGGCGCUCAGGCUCUCACCCUCCUCCAUCCCGGUCCUUGUCGUCCCCUAGUCCUCCCACUUCACCUGCCACCCUCAGCCCUGCGCUGAAGCAGAAGCUUGAAGAUCUGCUGCUGAAGUAUUCCAGUGGCCUGUGGGCCCAUGCGCUGCCCCAGCUAUUUCAGGACACCUAUAAAACUAAAAUGCCUGCACACGUCCUCGAGAACCUUCACCUCCUUUCCGACAUCUUCACCAUUGACUACCCGAUGCCUGACAACCCAAAGAGGGCCAUCCUGUACAGGAAGAGUAGCAUUGGAGGUGGACAAGAGGACGAGAACUGUAACAGGAGAGGCUCGUCGGCCAGUGAGGACGAGCAGAGAGUGAAGCAGGACGAUGGGACGAAAGUCCGUGAUCACUCAGUACCUUCCCUACAGAUCCCGAAAGAGGAGUAUCCCUCUGUGUUGGUGGUGGAAGCUGCAAACACAAAUGAAGUAGUUCUCAGAUACAUCGGUGAGAGCUAUUCGCAGGCACAGGAGUCCAUGGAAAAUGAAAUGAAGGAAUUUUACAGCCUGGACAAGAGCAAGCUGACACGUUUGUCGUCUCCAUCCCUGGGCCAACUUGUGGCUGUCAGGGCAGAGGAGGAGGAGGUUCUGAGGGCGCAGGUCUGCGAGGACAUGGCAGAUAAGGUUAAGGUGCACUUUGUGGACCAUGGCUUCUCAGAGGUCAUUAGCAAAGCCAAACUUUUUGAGUUGCAUGGGAAGUUUUUCAAACUCCCUUUCCAGUCAACCAAGUGCAAACUAGCAGGCCUGGAGCCUUUCUGCCUGGAGGCUGCUGUGCUGAAGAAAUUUGAGGUAAUGGCGUGCGGCCGGAUCCUCUUGGCAGAGAUCUUGGAAAGAGGGCAGACCCCUCUGGUAGUCCUGUAUGACACAUCGCAGGAUGACGACGUCAACAUCAACGCGGCCUGCAUGAAAGCCCUGCAGGACAAGACUCUGACCAGUCCAUUACAGGUUAACAGUGCUUACAUGAAUGUGACCGUCAGCAGCGUCUGUUCCGACGGCACAAUCUAUUGUCAGCUGCCCUCCAGAGGUCUCGCCAAGCUGAACGAAAUCCUGGAGAAUAUUGAGAAAUACUUCCACUCGCAGGUAACAUCAGAGUUCUUGGUGUCCAGACCAUUCUGCGGCAAAGGAUGUUUGGCUCGAUACAAAGGGAAAUGGUCCCGUGUUGAGAUUACCAAUCUGCAUGGAAGCAGAGUGUUAGACAUCCUCUUCAUCGAUGCGGGAGUCCAGACAUCCGUGGAGGUAUUUGAGCUCAGGGAGAUCCCGCAGAAAUUUCUCCGUGACCUCAUGGCCAUCCCACCACAGGCCGUCAAGUGUUGCCUGGCCGACCUGUCUGUCAGCAUCGGGUCUUGGACUCCAGACACUGUCCAAUGGCUUCGAGAGAAAGUGCUCAACACCACUGACUGCAGCAUGAAGGUGGCCAAGGUAGACGAAAGCAAGCAAUGUGUCUACGUUCACCUCUUCACUGACAAGAACUUUCAUGACCCAGCCCUUAGUCUCAACCAUCAGAUGGCCAAGUCUGACCUGUUUAAACAGCAACCUGAUGUUUUCCUGACAAGCCACAGUAGUCCCGUCAAGCUCUCCACACACACCGCACCCACCAAGACCUCCAGCAACAGUGACAUCACCAAUGGAAGUCCAAAGUCCACUUCGGUUGUGGCCAAGCCUCAUCUCAGAAGGGUUCUGUCAGGACCCAGCGUAGGCAGGAACACAAACUCCAGCAGCCCAUCUCAGACUCCACAACCUCCCUCGCUUUCUCUCCAGCUGCCACCACUGCUAGAGCUCCCCGCUGCAGGAAACAACAUAGAUGUGUACGUGUCGGUGGCGUGUCAUCCAGGCCACUUUGUGCUGCAGCCCUGGAGGGAUAUGUACAAACUGGUGGUGAUGAUGGGGGAGAUGAUCCUCUUUUAUAACCAAACUGAUAAAACACCCUUGAAUGUGGAGAAGAAUCAGAUAUACGCUGCUAAGGUGGAGAACAACUGGUAUCGGGUUUUAGUGAAGGGGGUUCUCACCAAUGGACUGGUGUCUGUGUAUGAGUUGGACUACGGUAAGCACGAGCUUGUUAGCUGCGCACAGCUCAGAGUUCUUGACAGGGAGUUUAGACAGCUACCCUUCCAGGGAAUCACCGCUCAACUGGCUGGAGUGAAGACGAGGCAAUGGUCUGAGGAAGCUUCCAUUGUCUUCAGGAAUCACGUGGAGAAGAAACCCCUCGUGGCCCAGUUGGAGGCCACACAGGAAGCCGCAAACCCAUGGGACAGGAAGUUGACGGUCUUCCUGGUCGAUACCUCACAGGAAGAAAGAGACAUCUGGGUGCAUGACAUCAUGGCAGACUUUGCUGAAGAGCUCGCCAGUGACAUGUAGAUGUAACAAUAGUAACAUUGUCAUCAAGGCACAAAGAGGCUUGGGCGGAAAUGAACAUGUCCAAAUAUCCACUCAAUGAUAGGAAAGGAAAAUAAUUGCCAAUAUUUGGAUCUGAAGUGGAAAAGUGAAGCAUCUUAUUUAACUGUCCUGCUCGCGUUAACAAUCCAGUGACAGUUAUUUACAUCUCUAGCAGCAUCUUUAACUCCUAUGAGCGUGUCAAGUUUUCACCAAAGCGGGCAAUAAUAACCCUGCCAAUGUGAGCUACAUGUUUGGUACACAAAUUGUGUAAGUCAUGCUAUGCACAUCUUUCCAAGUAGUAUGCAAAUAUUAUUUAAAGUGAAUGAUAAAAGCUAGCAUGUAGAUUUUUUUUUAAGUUCUUGUUGCACUUUCUACUUUUAAGUUUAAAACGUGAUAGACCUGGCAAAGCUCUAAGCUGCACUAACGGACCGGGUGCUAAUUUAUUAUUGAAAUUACUGUAUAUCACACCACUGUGCAUAUCAUAAGAUAUUAAGAGUUUUUAAAUAAAGCUAAUGAGGUAGAGAGUUUUGUGUGAGAUGUUUUUUUUAAGUUAACAGAGAAAACGGUUUGAAUUUCUUUAUUAAAAUAAAACAUGUUAUGCACUUUUUUUUUUACACAUCAGUUUGAUUUAUUUCCAUUUUAUCAUUCCUUCAUAAUUAGGCACACCGUAUAUUGCAUCUUGCGCUACAAACAGAAGUUGCAAUUAACAUGUAUUUACUGUGUGUGCAAUGGUUGAGGUUACAGGAGUGCUGGCCUCUGGACACUAACGGAUGGAGAGCAUCAUGACAAACUCUGAGGAGGAGAAUAGAGAUGACAACAGUGAGUUUAUAAAAAGGAAAAUGAACAUGGGUGAGCCAAAUUUCCCCAUUUUCACCUUCAAAGUCAAUGUUUCCGUCUGCAUUUAUGUCCAACUCCUUGAGAAUCUCCUCCAGCUCUCCUUUCUUCAGCUUCUCACCCAGUAGGGACUUGAUUGCCUCCUUCAUCUCAUCCUGGGUAAUCUUCCCGUCUCCAUCCAGGUCAAACUUUAAACAAACAAAAUGUUAGAAUACUACGUUUCUCAGUAGGUAAAGCACGGAAAUGAGGAUUACUGUCAGUCAUUCUCACUUGUAGGAAGGCUGACUGGAUCUCUUUGAGUCCCAGCAUGUCUGCAGUCUCCCCCAUCAUUCUGGGUCCCAUCAGUUCAAUAAAGUCCUCAAAGUCCAUUAACCCGCCCACUUUAGAGGGAAAAAACAUGAACUGCCAAUCAUAGACCACAGACCACACUUUGGACACCACUGAUGUAAGUGAACUCACUCCUCAUUUUGAUCUGCUGCACUAUCUCCAGCAGCUCCAUCUCUGUGGGCAUGUAUCCCAUGGUCCUCAUGCACUCUGCCACAUCCUUGUAGUUCAGGUAGCCAUCUUGGUCAUAGUCAAAUUCUUUGAAGGCCUCUUGCAGCUCUGUGAAAGGGUUAAAAAAAACAAACAAAAAAAACACUUGGAAGCAUUCCAGAGAGUGGAUUAGUUUGUUGACUUUAAUCUGUUUGUGAUGUAGGAGGCCACCCCCGCAACGCAAAUCACUCUCAAAAUGAAAGUUUUAAUUUUACUGUGAAUGCAUUUAAAUUGCAAUUGACUUACCAUCUAAUUCACCUUGUGCUAAUUCUCUGUCCUGUUGAAAAGAAACACAAUACAUUUAGAAACGUCAAAUUUCAAAAGGUUCUGUCGCAGAUGUUAUGUUAUUUACACAUGAAACUGUCCAGAAGUCACCUUUCACUGAUACUAACAAAGUGUGGCGUUAAGCUCCGGCUAACGAGGGACUAAUGCUGCACAUACAGGAGGUUGAGAGGGAUCAGCCAGUGUGGUGCUCGGCUUCACUAUGAUAUCUGACAUUAGUGCAUUAGCAUAUCAAGUUCAAAGCAUUUAAAAUAUCAGCCAUGUCUGUGUGCACACUGGACCUAAUUAACUACAUAUAGUGAUGAAAAAUCAUGUCAACGUUGUCUACUCACAGCUCCAAAAACACUGUUGAGCACAGAAUUGUAGACUUUGUUCAUGCUGUCUGUGUUUUUCUUGGACUUUUUGGAGGAUUUUUUUGGCGUCUCUGAUACCGAGCCUGAUGGAGACCCCUGAGAUGAGGCUGUUCCGCUUUUGCUGCACCAAACAUGGAAACAAAACUUGGUGAGUGCUCAAGGGCUUAUUUUAAAAUGAAAAAGUUUCAAAUGUACCCAUCUGUUGAAGUGGAGUCUGCAGAAGUUGUAGAAGAAGUUCUUUCUACUGCCUUGGACAUACUGUUGAUGACAAAGACAUGUACGGUAAGGACUAUGGACUGUUUUUCUUCUGUUCAGUUUCUUACCUUUUUGUGUCCCCCACAAGGUGAGAGAAGUAAUCGAGACACCGUCCAGAGUUGUUGUUCCUCUUCGCUUCGAUCUCUUCUGUUUGUCCUCUCCUCUUGACCUCCUUCCAUGGCAGAGGCUUAGCAGCAUCCAGCGCCCAGACCAUGGUGCCGGCUCACCGGAAGGUUCUUGUAGACGGCCCGGCUGUAUGGUAUGAAGCACAGGCCCAGCUGCAGAUGACGAGCCAGGCGGCAGUAGGCGGCCAGUGCCAAGACCAGCAGAGGGGUCACUAAGAGGAAGCCCACCACCAGAAGAGCCACGCAGCCCCCAUCAGUCAACAGGUCUGCCGUAAUCCUUCACUAAGCUGCUGUCACAUGAAGUCUCAUUAUGAGAGGUCAGAGGAACAUGGAGAAUCCAGACCAACCUGCACUCAUUAAAGGAGUUUUGGUUGUGGCUGAGGAUGUGCGGGAAGGAAGUGGUGUCACCGUGAGGAGGAGGAGGAGGAGGAAGAGGAUGACAACGACGAUGACUAGAAGAGAGGACAUACACAUUCAGUCAGGAGAUCUUCUUUCCCUUAGACACCAGUUGGUCACGUAGGAUCUGGAUGUGCUUCAUGGACUGCAACAGACAGUGUCUGCAAGAGACCAUCAAAGUGAUUUUGAGUGUUCGGGCCACAUUCCAAGACACGUGAAUCAUGGGGACGAUGGACUUCACCUUCUUGACUUCAUUCCACUCAAACCUCUCCAGGGCCAGCUGGUACUGGUGGCACACUCCUCACCGUUGAGCGGUCCCACAUUCCAGGCAAUGUUGUUGCACCAACCCACGGCCUGCACCCAGUGAACGGUCCCAGCAUUGAUCCACACCAAAUCUCCUGGCCUCUGGAUGAAACGGUACACUGGGAUUUUGGCGUUGUAGAGGUCCUCCAACACAGGCCACCAGGAGCCCGUCAAGGGGACUCACUUCUCACAGAAGUCAUUGAUGGCUUGCCAGUAGUUCUCAUGCACGGAGAACCACUCGCAGUCUCCAGGGCCAAUGUUGAUGUUCACUGAGCAAAAGUUGUUGUUCUCCUGGUGGCCUGUGCAGUGAACAAACAGCAUUCCAGUUGUUAAAGAUGUAGUAGCAAUGUGUGCAGAGGCUGACAUCCCACGAGAAAGGUUAGUCAGUUUGUUACCAAUAAAUAAAUGUGCUUUAUAAUUUGAGAUAGUAUAUAGUAGUAUAUUUGUUCGGGUCUAUAGCUUUUUAUACAAUUUUUACCUUUUCUAUCGUCAUAUAUUCUAAGGCCUAUCGCCCAAAGCUAGUUGGGUAUUAGCAGCAAUGCUAGUUGCCAUACAAACAGGUACGUGCCCCAUGAUGUCAGAAUAAAAAGCUGGCCAAUGGGAUGAGCUCACCUGGCGUUCUGCUGCCUGGAACCUUCAUGUAUAGCUGGACAGUGUUCAUGCCCAGGAUGGUGUGCCCCACGUGGCUCAGCAUGUUCCCACUGGAUGCCACGCGCAUGAACGCUGGCAGCUUCUGCAGCUCCUGCAGCUGGGGCUUCCACCUAAGAGACAGCAGUGCAACAUGCUACUGUCAUGUGACCGAUCAAUGUGACGUAAUCAGGUUGCUUUUUUUUUUUUUUACCUCUUAGGGUCUGAGAGGU